GCAGUAAGCGGUCAGUGGAUGAGAGAGGGCGGCCAGAACCGGAGUCUGUCGAGUCAGCUACUUGGCUAGCUGGGGAAGGGACGCGCCCCGGACACAGCGGCCCGGACUGAAGGACAGAAACUAACCGGAGUGGGAUACUUUAACCCCGGAAAAAUCCGAAAAUGCAUCGAAUAACGGGGAAAGGAGGAGGGGACAGUUUAAUUGAGAUGAGCCCGACUGAAUCUUUCAGCGAUGAUGUGAAUGGCUAUCACCACCAUGCCUCAUCCAGCACAGGAUCCCUCCAGCAGGGACAAUCAGAGUCUCCUCUAAUGCCUGAUGUGCGUGUAGAGUCCUGUGAGUCUCUCAACAACAGCCUGGCCUCCCUGGCCCCGUCCGACUGCAGUGACUGUCCACUGGCCAGGUCUCAAACCUUAGAGCAAAUCAAUGCUUUGACUGGGCUUUGGAGAAAACGGGCGCUUUUCCUGAAGUAUCGUUCCAGGAUUGGCAAACAGAAGCUCAGCAAAGACUCUGUGUUCUUCCGAGACGGAGUGCGGAGAAUAGAUUUCGUCCUCUCCUACGUUGACGAUAAAGAUUGUGAAAAAAAACAGGAGAGAAGGAGAAUUUAUGAAGCCAACCUCAAAAAAGCAGGCCUGGAGCUGGAAACAGAAGAUAAGUCGGAGUCUGAUGAUGGAAAGACAUACUUUGUGAAGAUCCACGCUCCGUGGGAGGUACUGGCCACCUAUGCAGACGUGCUGAAGAUCAAGGUUCCAUUCAAAGUCAAUGACAUGCCGGACGACCGGGAAUUGCCCAUGAACUGGCUCUCCACGCCUUUUCGUCUGCCUAAGGAGAUCAUGCAUCCUGAGCCAGAUUAUUUCACCGCUCCGUUUAGCAAGAGCAAAUCUGACUUUUUCCUUAUCGGCAACCAAGACACGUUCUUCUCUCCCUCCACUCGCAACAGGAUAGUCUACUAUAUCCUGUCUCGUUGCUUGUAUGUCAGUGAGGAAUGUGGAGACAAGAAGGGGAUUAAGAGGUUAUUGAACAAUGGCUCCUACACUUCUGCCUUCCCUCUUCAUGAUUCCAGAUACUGGAUAAGAUCCAAAGAUGGCAACUGUGAAAGUGAAAGAUACGACCUCUACAAACACUGGGCAAAAUUCUUCUGCUUUUUCAAGGAGCAACCCAUUAACCGUAUUAGGAAUUAUUAUGGAGAGAAGAUUGGCAUUUAUUUUGCUUGGCUUGGUUUCUAUACCGAGAUGCUGUUGUUCGCUGCAGUUGUUGGAACAAUUUGUUUCACUUACGGGUUCCUCACCUAUGACGACAACGAGUGGAGUAAAGAAAUCUGCAGUGAAGAAAUUGGAGGCAAAAUUGUCAUGUGUCCCCUUUGUGACAAGAAAUGUGGUUUCUGGAAACUCAGUAUAACAUGCAACUCCUCGUGGCAAUCACACCUAUUUGACAAUGUGGCGACAGUGUUUUUUGCCAUUUUCAUGGGAAUUUGGGUGACGCUGUUUCUGGAGUUCUGGAAGAGGCGCCAGGCCCGUCUCGAGUACGAUUGGGAUCUGGUUGACUUUGAGGAAGAGCAGCAGCAGCUGCAGCUUCGGCCAGAGUAUGAAUCCAAGUGUACAAAGAGCAAGGAGAACCCCAUCACCAAGGAAAUGGAGCCUUACUUACCCGUAACAAGCAAGUGUGCACGCUCAUGUCUGUCUGGAGCUACCGUCCUGUUGUGGAUCUCAUUGAUCAUUGCCUGCAUCAUUGGGGUCAUAGCGUACCGCUUGGCGGUGUAUGCGGCCUUCGCUAGCAUCAUGAAGGACAGCCCCACCAAUCACCUGGAGGUGGUCGGCCCCUACAUCACACCCCAGCUGGCCACCUCCGUCACAGCCUCUUGCAUCAACUUUGUCAUCAUCAUGAUCCUCAAUCUCAUGUAUGAGAAAGUGGCUGUUUGGAUUACUGACAUGGAAAUCCCAAAGACCCACCUGGAGUAUGAGAACAGGUUGACAAUGAAGAUGUUCCUCUUUCAGUUUGUCAACUACUAUUCCUCAUGCUUCUACGUGGCUUUCUUUAAGGGGAAGUUUGUGGGCUAUCCUGGAAAAUAUGCUUACAUGUUUGGGAGCAGCCUUAGAAACGAAGAGUGUGACCCCGGCGGCUGUCUGAUUGAGUUAACAACACAGCUGGUAAUAGUGAUGACUGGGAAACAGGUGUGGGGCAACAUUCAGGAAGCUCUACUGCCAUGGGUGAUGAACUGGUGGGGCAGCAGGAAGGCACGGAGUCAUCCAGAGAGCCUAUACAGUCGCUGGGAGCAGGACCAUGACCUGCAGAGCUUUGGUCAGCUAGGCCUCUUCUACGAGUACCUGGAAAUGGUGAUCCAAUUUGGUUUCAUCACACUCUUCGUGGCUUCCUUCCCCUUGGCGCCGCUCUUGGCUCUUUUCAACAACAUAAUUGAAAUCCGAGUGGAUGCCUGGAAGCUCACCACACAGUUCAGACGUCCUGUGGCAGCCAAGGCCCACAGCAUUGGGGCCUGGGAGGAAAUUCUCAAUGGGAUGGCCGUACUCUCUGUUGUCACAAAUGCAUUCAUUGUGGCCUUCACCUCUGACAUGAUGCCUCGGCUGGUGUACAUGUAUGCUUACCAGCCGGAGGGAGAGAUGAACAUGAAAGGCUACAUAAACAACAGCCUGUCUGUGUUUAACAUCUCUCAGUUCCCGAAUAACAGCAUGCCUGAGGAGGGAGAAAACCCUGUGUGGUUCAACAGCUCCAUCACAACCUGCAGGUACCGUGAUUAUCGCUACCCCCCGGGGCACGACAAGGAGUACUCCCACACUAUGCAGUUUUGGCACAUUUUGGCUGCCAAGCUAGCUUUCAUCAUUAUUAUGGAGCACGUUGUUUUCCUGGUCAAGUACUUUGUGGCCUGGCUGAUUCCGGACGUUCCCACUGAUGUGAAGGCUCGAGUAAAGAGGGAGCGCUUCCUGGUCCAGGAGUAUCUUCACAACUAUGAAGUCGAGAAGCUGAAAAUGCAGCUCAGCCAACAAGGCAACAAGGAGUGCACCUGUACGCCGAUGAUCUAUCCGACCUUACCCAAACACGAGUUGCUGUCAGAGGUCCUCUAGCGUUGGUAGAGGCUCGUCAGUCUGUCGAAGUCGCCAAAACAGAUUUCCAUGCUUGUGUAUUCUAAAACCAAAACGUCACUUUGCUGAAUUUAGUGUUAUUUAAUAGCAAACCCACAGGGAACUUUACACACUUCUCAACCAUCCCUCUUCUACUCACCUGCUGACUGUGGAUUCACCUGUUUUAAAGAUCAAAUCUGUGCAUGCCGACACUUUGAGACCCUUACAUUUAAACAUCUAUCUCAUAUUUGUCUUCAUUAAUGUAGAACUGAAGAUAUCCAAGCUUUACUGUAUUCAGACAAGAAGCCGCACUUUGUCUUUAUGAGACAGCUCACUAUUGUUUUCAUGUAAGGCUAUAUAUUUAAAGUGCCACCAAGAUUCACCUUAAUAUCGCACGCUUAUCUUUGGAUUUGUUUUUUGUUUUUACCACGUGAGGAUUUUUGUAGUACUUUGUGUUAUAUCAGCUUAUGUUUAACCUUUUACAGUAGCACAAAUAUACCUAAGCUUUGAUCAGUCCUCUGCUUUAAUGUCACUGCACUUAUGGGACAACCUUUCAGCAAAUUAUGUUAAAUUUAUCAGGCUUAUAUCUCUUAAUUUCACCUCGUUAUUUUCCCCAGGCCAAAACCUGAGAUGUGAAGUAGCUUUUUACCUGAAGCGAAAUCAGUGCUGCUGUUUCGACUGUGACUAAGGACGGAUUUAAUCCUGCAGUGGUCAGUUGUUGAGCCGUGUUCGCAGCAGCUGUUGCACACUGACUCUGUAAACAGGGAUGAGAGGUGAAGAAUGCUCUCUCUCUUUUUAAUUGUUUUAAUGUUUUUCGUGUUUACCACAUCAUUGCAAAUGAAAGCCUGUGUUUGCUUCGUUACACAAAGCCCAUCAGCUGACGCCUGCAGCCGUCUCUGUGCUUCAACUUUCCUCAAAAUAAAAGACACGUUUUGCACUUAAAGUAACGCAACUACCAAGACAUGAACAUGUCCAACUAAUCAUUAUUAUGACACUAUGCCUUUAUGAUCAGUGUUUUUGGAAGCAGUAACAUGAGAUAUUUGUUUGAUUUGACUUUGAUGUUUAGAUCUUUUAUUUAAGGAUGUAGCUUUGGUUUAGAAACUAUAUGGACAUUUCAAAUCAUUUGUUGUUGCCUAAAUAAAAUAAUACAGAACAUUUCUGUUAUUGAAGGACUUGAAUCAUAUAGAAAGUAGCUGACUUAUUAGAUAUCUAGGUCUGUCGGAGGUGCAAGUUCACCUCACUGUUCCAGAUUGCCUUAUCUAUGCCCUGUGCUCUGCUGACUAGCGUCCCCUAUGCCUUAAAACAUUUCAUCCCGUUUUUCCUAUGACUUCACUUUUCUACCUGAUUUUUCUCAUAUGUGAUUUCUGCUGUUUAUAUUAUAGUCAGAAUAUGUUUUUGAUUAUGCUUCAGGCAUAAAAUAAACUUGUUUACUGUAUUUUUAAUGUUAAAUGUUCAUGUUUUUGUUUUUUCCUGUCUCGUAUAUCCAUUUAUAUGAGACAACACAAAUAAACCUUCCAAAUAAACAGUUCAACCUUC